ACAAGCUAUUGCUUACGUGCUGCUUCAUCUUUAUCCUCGUCUCUGUUCGUCAUCUCCAUCUCCCUUACCGAUCCGAUCGUCAAGCAAGCUAAGCCACCCUGACAUGGCAUCUUCACCCCCCUCCUCCGCCUCGCUACGGCAGAGGCCAGCCGCCGCGGCGGCGACGCCCGAUCAGCAGCACGAGCCACCACGUCUCGAAGACGGCCUCCUCCCGAACCAAGGCGGAUCCCCGGCGACAUCGGCGCUGUCCCAGGCGCUGUCCUCCACGGCAAACCUGGCCAACCUGCUCCCGACCGGCACGCUGCUGGCCUUCAACCUGCUGGCGCCGACGUUCACGAACCACGGCGCGUGCGACGCCACCACGUCGCUCCUCACGCGGGGCCUCCUGGCGCUCCUCGCCCUCGCCAGCGCGCUGGCCUGCUUCACCGACUCCCUCAAGUCCCCGCACGACGGCCGCGUCUACUACGGCGUCGCCACCCGCACGGGCCUCUGGCUCAUCGACUACCCGCCGGGCGCGCCGCCGCUGCCCGAGGGUGCCACCGGGCGCUACAGGCUCGCGUUCAUCGACUUCGUGCACGCCGCGCUGUCCGCCGCCGUCUUCGGGGUCGUCGCCGCCAGGGACAGGGACGUCGUCGUCUGCCUGUACGGGCCCACGCCGGACAGGGCCACGCAGGACCUGCUCGACGUUCUGCCGCUCGGCGUUGGCGUGCUCUGCAGCCUCCUCUUCGUCGCCUUCCCAACCACCAGGCACGGCAUCGGAUACCCCGUCGUCGCCAAUGCCGUCGCCGCAGCCACCGCCACUUCCUCCUAACAAUAGUUUAAUUUAAUUUAAUUUCUUCGAGGCUUUAAUGCCUUAAUGUAACUGCGUUCGUAUGUACUAUUCAUAUUUUUUUUCAUCAAUCAAAACGACAACAACACACGUUCA